UCCUCUCUGCCAGUCCACAACUGCGAAGCGAAUCUGACGGACCGGCUGGUGUUACCACCACCACGCAGUUUUUUCUGUUCUGUCAGUCUCGUCUCCCUCUCCGUACCGCUGCGUCCACACCGGCCGUGAAGAUGCACCGGCACCGUCCUGCCCAGGGAUUGACGUUGUUAUUGCCGGUUGCUUUGUGGAUUUUCUGCCAUGUCAACGAUGUGCACGCAGCUUUGCCAACAACCCACAAGUGUGAUGAGGCUCUAGCCUCCCCUCUGCCUCACACAGCAUUCACCAGCUCAUCUGUGUUCUCCAACGGAUAUGCACCUGGAUAUGCCAAGCUCAACAGGAGAGGAGGUGCUGGUGGGUGGUCACCACUGGACAGCGACCAUUAUCAGUGGCUACAGGUGGACCUGGGCUCCCGAAAGCAGGUGAGCGCCAUAGCAACACAAGGGCGCUACAGCAGCUCCGAUUGGACAACAAGGUACCGCCUCCUCUACAGUGACACAGGAAGGAACUGGAAACCAUAUCACCAAGAUGGCAACAUUUGGGCCUUUUCUGGGAACUCCAACUCGGAGAGCGCAGUCCGGCAUGAGCUGCAGCAGGGAAUUGUGGCUCGCUUUCUGAGGCUUGUCCCACUGGACUGGAGUGAGGAAGGACGGAUUGGACUUCGCAUUGAAGUCUAUGGCUGCUCUUAUUGGGCUGAUGUGAUCAACUUUGACGGACAGGGUGUGAUCUCAUACCGUUUCAAGGUGAAGAAGAUGAAAAUUAUAAAAGAUGUCAUUGCACUGAGAUUCAAGACAUCAGAGAGUGAGGGUGUUAUUCUCCAUGGAGAAGGCCAGCAAGGAGACUACAUCACCUUGGAGCUUCGCAAGGCCAAACUGCUACUGCAGAUCAAUCUAGGCAGCAACCAGUAUGGCUCCAUCUUGGGUCACACCUCCGUGACCACCGGCAGCCUCUUGGAUGACAAUCACUGGCACUCAGUGGUGAUUGAACGCUACAGGCGUAAUGUCAACUUCACCUUGGACAGACACACUCAGCACUUUAGGACCAACGGAGAGUUUGACCACCUUGAUUUGGACUAUGAGUUGAGUUUUGGGGGGAUGCCGUACAGUGGCAAACCAGUGGGAGGAGGGAGGAAGAACUUUAAAGGCUGCAUGGAGAGCAUCAACUACAAUGGAGACAACAUAACGGAUCUGGCCCGCAGAAAGAAGCUAGACACCUCCAGUUUUCGUAACCUGUCGUUCUCAUGUGUGGAGACCCACACCUUCCCCGUCUUUUUCAAUGCCACAAGUUUCCUGCAGCUGCCAGGUCGAGCCAACCACAACACAGUGUCCGUGGGUUUCCAGUUCAGGACGUGGAACCCCGAUGGGCUCCUCCUCUUCAGUAAUCUUGAUGACGGCACGCUGGAGAUCUCACUUGAAGAUGGCAAGAUUGUAGUUCAUAUCAAUGUGACGAAGGUGACCAGAAACAGUCGAGUGGACUUAUCGUCAGGUUCAGGACUUAAUGACGGCCAGUGGCACGCAAUACGUCUGGUGGCCAAGGAGAACUUUGCCAUGUUGACGAUAGAUGGUGAGGAGGCGUCUGCUGUGCGCUCCACUUCACCUCUUGUCAUCACGACGGGAGGAACCUAUCACUUAGGAGGGUAUUUUCUCCAGACUCUCUUCCCACCCUCCCAGCAUUCCUUCCAAGGGUGCAUGCAAGCGAUCUUAGUCGACGACCAACCAGCUGAUUUACAUGCAGUGGAGAGAGGCACUAUAGGAGCUUUUGAGAAUGUCAGCCUGGACAUGUGUGCAAUUAUAGACAGGUGUAUGCCUAAUCACUGUGAACAUGGAGGCCGUUGUAAACAGACAUGGGACAGUUUCAGCUGCUCAUGUGAUGGAACAGGAUACACUGGAGCCACCUGCCACACUUCCAUCUAUGAGCCCUCAUGUGAAGCGUAUAAGCAUCUGGGCAGGUCCUCUGAUACCUAUUGGAUCGACCCUGAUGGCAGCGGACCCCUUGGUCCCUUCAAAGUCAACUGCAACAUGACAGAGGAUAAUGUGUGGACCACGGUUAUGAACAACCUGCCUCCCAAAACCACAGUGACUGGAUCCAGUCGAGAGAGACGCACUGUUUUACAAGUCAACUACAGCGCCUCAAUGGACCAGGUGACAGCCAUCACCACCAGUGCAGAAUACUGUGAGCAGCAAAUCGCCUACAGCUGUCGCAUGUCCAGACUGCUCAACACACCAGAUGGGACACCCUAUACGUGGUGGGUGGGCCGUGGCAGUGAGAAGCACUUCUAUUGGGGGGGCUCAGGGCCCGGCAUCCAAAAAUGUGCCUGUGGCAUCGACAGGAACUGUACUGACCCCAAAUAUGACUGCAACUGUGAUGCCGACCACAAACAAUGGAGAGAAGAUUCUGGGCUUUUGAUUUAUAAGGAACACCUGCCUGUCAGCCAGGUUGCAGUGGGUGACACCAACAGACCUGGUUCUGAAGCCAAGCUCACUGUUGGGCCGCUCCGUUGCCAAGGAGAUAAUAACUACUGGAACGCUGCAUCGUUCACCACGCCGUCAUCCUACCUGCACUUCGCCACCUUCCAGGGUGAGACCAGUGCUGACAUCUCCUUCUAUUUCAAGACGAGUGCACCUUAUGGGGUCUUUCUGGAAAACCUGGGCAACACCGACUUCAUACGGUUGGAGCUUAAAUCUCCUCGAGUCGUCUCCUUCUCUUUCGAUGUUGGAAACGGACCUGUGGAAUUAACAGUAAAUUCAGCCACUCCCCUCAAUGAUGACCAAUGGCAUCGCAUAAUCGCUGAGAGGAACGUUAAAGAGGCGGUGCUUCAGUUGGAUCAGGCAUACCGGGCAUCCCAGCUCGCCCCUGCACAGGGACACACACGGCUAGAGCUGUUCAGCCAGCUCUACGUGGGGAAACCAGCCUCACUUACCUGCCAAGACAGUGCUGCAGGGGGCCAGAGGGGCUUUCUGGGCUGUAUCCGAGCCCUACGAAUGAAUGGGAUCACCCUUGAUCUAGAGGAGAGGGCUAAAGUCACACCUGGAGUCAAGCCCGGUUGCCAAGGCCACUGCACCAGUUAUGGGAUGUACUGUCGCAACGGAGGAAAGUGUGUGGAAAAGUACAACGGCUACCUCUGUGACUGCAACGCCACCGCCUAUGAUGGCCCAUUCUGCACCAGAGAUGUUGGAGGUUUCUUUGAGGCAGGAACCCUGAUCAAGUACAACCUUGGUCAUGAAGCAGUUGCUGGAGCCAGUAAAAGUGCAAGACUUGUGACAUAUCAGCUGACACCACAGGAAGUAAACCUAACAAAGGAGGAAUUGGCAUUUAGCUUCAGCACAUCUAACGCACCGGCUGUUCUGAUGUAUGUCAGCUCCAAGACGCAGGAUUAUCUGGCUGUGGUGCUCAGGCAAAAUGGUUCACUGCAGGUGCGAUAUAACCUGGGGGGGCUAAGAGAGCCGUUUGCUAUAGAUGUGGAUCAGCGGAAUUUGGCCAAUGGACAACCACACAGCAUUAACAUGUCCCGGGUUGAAAGGAGCAUCACCAUCCAGUUGGACCAUUACCCUCCAGUCAGCUACACCCUCCCUGAUGCCUCCGACACUCAGCUCAACCUGGUGAAGACACUGUUCCUGGGCAAGGUUUUUGAAACUGGACACGUAGACCCGGUUGUUAUUGAACGCUACAACACCCCAGGCUUCGUUGGGUGCUUGUCACGGGUGCAGUUUAACGGAGUCGCCCCACUCAAGUCUGCACUAAGGACUGCAACACAAGCCCAGGCCACUCCCACAGCUGGUCAGACGGACAAACAGCCUGCAGCCGCCUGGCCGGUGUCUUACCAGGGCAAACUACUAGAGUCCAACUGUGGGGCAUCACCUCUCACCAUCCCACCAAUGUCUGCAGCAACAGACCCCUGGCAUCUGGAUAACACAGAUGCAGAAUUCCCCUUCAAUGAGGAAAGAGUUAUUCCUGAUGGAGUCAACAGGGACUCUGCCAUCAUUGGAGGUAUCAUUGCAGUCGUUAUCUUCACCAUCCUAUGUACCCUGGUGUUCCUGAUCCGCUACAUGUUCCGUCACAAAGGCACCUACCACACCAACGAGGCCAAAGGCAGCGGGGAGUCGGCCGGCGAAUCAGCGGACACGGCCAUUAUUGGAACCGACAACCCAGAAACUAUCGACGAAUCAAAGAAGGAGUGGUUCAUCUAACAGCUGUGAUGGGAUGACGGGACAUUUAGAAAGAAAGGGAUUCGCCAGAACCGCCAGUUGCCACAAAAGUGGAGGAGAUUUAAUUCAAUGACCAAUAACGGUAGAGAUGAAGGAAUGGACAAUAAUCUCCUCAAGGGGGCGGAGAUGUGAGGGAAAAACAUGUACAGAAUUUUUUGGGUUUGUUUGUUUGUUUUGUUUGUUUUUUAUAUAUCAGAGUAUUAGAAAGGGAAGAGGGACAGUUAUUCAGCAGAGCACGACUAUAAGAGACUGUACAUGUAUAUACUAACCGGCUUGUCCUUCUUUGUAUCGUGCUUGGGAGUUUUCAGGAGUCCUUUGAAUACUGUAUAUGACAAAUAAUUAUACUUAACUGGGUCGUGUGAUAGCACAGGUUUAUUGCCCGUCUCUGUUGCAAUUUUGAUUUUAUUUUUUAACAAAACUCUUAUAUCAAAAAUGCCAUACAUGCCAAUUUUUUUUUUUUAUUUGUCAGGCUGAGUUUGCACCAAUCUGUCAACAUUCAUAUCCAUAUAAUGCAACAGACAUGCCACCUGUAUCGUGGUAAUACAGAGUUGAAGACGGAUGCCAAAAGUCACUUUGUAUAUAAAGUAUUUUGUGUUUUCUUUUUUUUCUCAAAAGAUUUUAUUCAGAGAUAUAGUUCCAAUACAUUAACACUAUUGAGAGUUUUCAGAUCUAUAUUACAGUUAUAUCACGUGUCUGUCCAUUGCAAAAUACCUAUAAAAGUAGUUUUAUGUUAAAUGUUAUGACAUUCGAUUGUAUGGGACAUUCCUUUCUGAUGAUUGUUCAGAGAGGGGUUUCUCAGAGCAUGACGGGAAAUCAUGACACUCCAUGUUUCGUUGGUUUAGCUCAGCACGGCAGCUUUCUUUUCAUUUGGACUGAGUGAAACCGGGAGCCUUUACUCACUCAGACUUGAGCAAUCAGUAUGUUUUUUUGCCAAACACUUGAGUCUUACAUCAUUCACUGAACUAGCAUUAAGUGUCUGACUUGGGUUGAGGAAUUUCUCUCCAUAUUUGUCCAUCUGUAGACUGACUUAUGGGGUUUACAGCCUUUGCAUGCAUCUGUGCGUUUUUUUAUGUGUUAAACUGUUUCGAGAGGUAGAUUUCCUGUAGGGCUGAUGAAUAGAAAUGUCUUUUUUGGGAAAAGUAAGAGCGCUAGAAAAGAGUGCAAUCGUAGAGAUGAGAUCGAAUAACUUGUUGAGGAGCUGUAUCGACGCUCUAAACAUCCAUUUAAUGGUUUAAGCAGCAUGGAACAAAAAAUCACUGACAGAUUUUCAGAGUUCAUGGUCUCUGGGAUGAGGUUAAGAUGAUAAUUGGCUUAUUAAUCCAUUGUGCCUUGAAGGUGUUGAGCCAUUUCGCCUUGCCCUAGAUUACUUAACAAAGGUUUAGGAUAGAAAGCUUAUUACUGCUGCAUGAAUUCACAUCGAUACGAGUAUCUGGUGUUUUUAUGUCUUCUGAUUUGACUGGUGCUCUAUUCAGUUCCCCUCAAAACUUGAUCAGAGCCUGAUUUUAAAGUCGAAACGCUUGGGUGAGAAAAUCUAGCAGGUUUUUAUGCAACAAAUGCGGCUUCACUGACGCAUCAGAAAGCUGCAUAUACAGGACAAAAAAAGAAAAGGUAACGCCAAACCUCUGUGACGCACAUAACACACACAAAUAUGCAUGGUUGAUAAAGCAUGAGUCAAGGUUGUUCGUGUUCAGAAUGAGAAGGCUGCUGCUUUGUCCAGAAUGAACUGAGCUUCACUCUACAGUGCCACUGUCAUCCAACAUAUAUUCAAAGGAUGUACAAGUUUUAUUUCCUCCCUGUGUUGUUUUAUUUUUUUCGUGUGGUUGUUGCUUAUGUUAACCUUACCAUAGCAUUUAUAAUGUGUUGACCAGCUGCUAAUUUCAUUAUUACAUUGUGAAUUCGCUUUUUUUUUUUUUAAACUGCUGCCAUUGCCCCUCAUUACAUGAAGGAUUUUGUACGUCAUUGUCUCCUCAUGGUUAAGUGUUUACUGCAGAUCACUUUAUGAGACACUUGGACAGCUGGUGAACUCAGCCUGCCUUCUAUUGGGGCCUCAAAGAAGACUUUCUCUAUCCACGCAUCAAAUCCAUGAGAGCAAAUGAGUCAUUCUUCUUUACUUUCUUUUAUAUAAUUAUAUAAUACUCACAUAAACACACACAUUCCCCUUGACAUGUGAUUUAAACAAAAAUGGAUUAUCAGCUCAGACAGAAACCCAUUACUCACAUUUCUUGCUUUCAGUUCUGUUGAGUUAAAUAAAGAGUGUUUUAUCCUUAAUUUUA